CGCUGUCGCGCGCCGUGUGUUUACGUGGAUUCCGACAGGUGCGAUGCGCGCCAGCAGCUCCAGGAAACGCGCGCGCACACAUACACACACCUGAAUUGACCAUGUGACUCAGCAACCUGGGCGUGGAGAAAAAGUCCCAGAUAGCGCGCCGCGCUCUUCUGUUGGGUUUCUUUUUCCUUCUUUUUUGGUCGAGCUGUGUAGGUUGUCUGUGUCUCGUUUCACCGACAGGACCUGAGAAUUUUUUGUUUUUCCCCGGAGGAGUAGUGCCUUUCUGAGGAACUCUCACGAGCCGAGGGCAGCAAAAUGUCAACUUGCUGACGGAGGUUUUUCACUGUCUGGACUGUUCGCGGUGGUGAAACUCCUCGCUUCGUUGUUUUAAAUCCAAGAGCCUGAGCCCUUAAUGAAACUGAGGGUCAGCGGCAGCGUGCGGCUAAUUGGCCAAGUUUGCCCGGGGCUCCGACUGCCUGUGAUUGAAGUGUUCAGUGAGGGCCCACUGUGCAGCUGCCACCGCACCCUCUUGUGUUCCACUCCAACAGUCAAGACAUUCGCUGCAUCCUUCCCUGCCUCCCCUUAAGAUGGCAAGGUGGCUUUCUCUGCUCGUUCUCUUCUUCUUUCCGUCAUGGUCACAAGCUCAGGAGGAGAGCAGCAACACUCUGUUUCCAGCUUUCUCAUCAGAGACGCUCAUAAACAAUGUGGUACAAGACCCAGAGACUGGUCGCAUCUACCUGGGGGCGGUCAACUACAUCUUCCAAUUGGGACCUUCUCUUGUCUUGGAAGCCCAGGCAAAGACUGGUCCCAAAGAGGAUUCUCGGGCAUGUACACCUCCUGCUUCAACUUGCCAGGACAUAAAACCAAUGCCCAACCUCAACAAGCUUCUACUGGUCCAUCCGUCUAAUGGCUCACUCAUAGUGUGUGGUAGCCGCUACAGGGGAAUCUGCUCCCUUCUCAACCUGACCAACGUGGGACAAGAGGUGUAUUCCUGUGACAGUAAUGGGGAGAAGACUUAUGUGGCUAGCAUAGAGGACAGUGUGAAUGUGGUGGGUGUCAUGUCCAACUUCACAAAAGAUGACCAAAUUCUCAGUGUGUUCUUUGUUGGGAAGGGCUAUGGGUCCCUGGACAGUACAAAACUCAUCAGCACGCGCAUCCUUCAGGGCUAUAAAGAUAAUGAAUGGGAAGUGUUUGAGAACAUCAUUGAAGCAUCUGCAGUACAAACCACACCAUUUGUCCCCAAAUAUUUGCACGACUUCCGCCAUGCCUUUAAAGAAGGUGAUUUUAUUUAUUUCCUUUUUUCCCGGUCACUCGAUGGUACAGAUAACAAAAACCUGACCUUUGUGUCUCGUCUUUGUGACAAUGAUCCUCAUUACUAUUCCUACACUGAGCUCCAGUUAAACUGUGGUCCAAAUAACCUCUACAACAAAGUCCAAGCUGCAUACAUGGCUUUUCCAGGAGAAAAGUUGGCACUUAGCAUAACAGAAUCAGGCCUCUAUGGAAAGGUCUUCCCCUGGAACAAAGUUCUGUUCAUGGUGGCCAGUCCAGAUGAUGGCGAUGACACCAGCUCAGCUCUUUGCAUGUACCCACUCAACGCUAUUAAUAAGCAGCUGAUGGAUAUUAUUAGCGCCUGCUACUGUGACUCUGGGAAAAUUUCUGGACUGCCUGCUGUAGACAUACCCUAUUCAUCCAAAAAUAAUGAAUUCUGCACAUCAACAGUAUCAAAGGAUAAGUUGGAAAAAUACAAGUGUGGUGCAGAUUUUCUUCCUUCUCCUCUCGCCAGCAAGCCAACAUUUGCCUUAAAAGCCCAUGCAGCCUUUAUCAGUAAAGUCCCGCUGACGGCUGUGGCUGUUGCCGUGGAGAACGAACACACUAUUGCCUUCUUGGGGAACAGUCAUGGAGAGGUCAUCAAGGUACACCUAAAUAACACCAAAAAUAUGUACAGCAAGAUUCCUGGUGACAACAUGGGAGAGAAGGUCAACAGAAACCUUUUCUUUGACCGCAAUGGGACUCACCUCUACAUAACCACAGAGAGAAAGAUCACCAAGGUGCCAGUGCAGACGUGCCAUCUGAAGAAUGACUGCCAGCCAUGCAUGGAACUGGUGGAUCCUUACUGUGGCUGGUGUGUCCUGGAGGGAAGGUGUACCAGGAGGUCUGAGUGCCGACGGGCAGAGGAGAAGAAUGGCUGGCUGUGGAGCCCAGGGCAACAGUGUGUCAAAAUUAUCUCCUUCUACCCUCCAAACCUUUCUUGCAAAAAGUCUCAGAAGGUGACGAUCAACAUCUCCUCCCUUCCUUCCAUCGGGCUUUCUGACCAUUUGCACUGCGACUUUGGCUCAUUCCAGAGUGAAGGCACCAUGACCGAUUCUGGUCAUGUUUCAUGUGAUCUGCCCCAACCUUCUGCUCUGCCGCCUACAUCAGAUGAACAAGACUUUGUAGCCGUGCCCAUCAGGAUUUUUGUUAAUGAGAGCGUGGAGCUCGCCGUGCGUGACUUCAAGUUCUACAACUGUGCUGCCACAGUGAAGAAAGCUGAAAACACGCCGUGCAUGGCCUGUGUAGCCAGUCCAUGGGGCUGCCAGUGGAACACACGUGACCACACGUGCAGUGACAUGGACGACAACGUGGUGGGUCCAAACAUCAUCAAGCAGCGUCAGGGAUCAAAGUGUCCUCAGUUUGAGAAUCCAGACCCUGUGCUGAUCCCAGUGGGCUGCAAGACCUCUAUCGGCUUUGAGGGCAUCAACUUGGAUCUCUACCAGGGCCGUGCUUUCACUAUUGGUACUGAACUGAUGGGAAAUGUGGAGGAAGAUGUGACACCUGAUACCACAUCGUUUUAUACCUUCAACGGCUUUGUUUUUUCCUACAAUAAGUCACCGGAGACCAAUGUUCUUUUCUACAUGAAGGACAAGGAGUCGGGCAAGAAGAUGGACAGCACACUGAAUGUUACCCUGUACAACUGUUCGGUUGGGAGAGAGGACUGUAGUCUCUGCAAGAAUGCAGAUCCGAAGUACAGAUGUGUGUGGUGUGCCAAACAGAAGGCCUGUGUGUUCGAGGAUUUGUGCAAAUCUGAAGAUUCCCAAAACACAGAGUGUCCAGAACCUGAGAUCACUAAUAUCAUCCCUCUGUUUGGGCCCAUGCUGGGAGGUAUCUCAAUCACCAUCCGUGGCUCCAACCUCGGCAUCCACAAAGAAGACAUUAAACGCAUCACCGUGGUGGGGGAGCCUUGUAUCCAUCAGAAGGAGAAGUACUCCGUUUCCACCAACGUGGUGUGUGAGAUUGGCCCAGUUGACCCUUACAAGCAACACUGGGGUUUGGUGGAGGUGGAAGUUGAAGGGGGAAAGAAAGGAACCUCUGCCAUUUACUUCACCUACAGGGCCCCCAUUCCUGAUACAGUGGAGCCUGCAAGUGGUCCUAAAGCUGGCGGCACUCUGAUCACAAUUUCUGGCAAACAUUUGGACACAGGCACUAAGGAUGAUGUGCGGGUCACCAUCGAAAAUGUGGGCUGCACUGUGGAGCAAUUUGGGGAGAAGAUAAUCUGCAGGACAGGAGAAUACCUGGCAGAAAAGGUACCAUCUGAUGGCCUCAGUGUCACAGUGAAGUAUGGAAAGUGGACCAUAACAUCCAUCGCAAGUGCCUUCCAGUUCUUGGAAAAUCCGAUUGUGGUGGACCACUAUCCCAAAGGGAGCUUUGUCUGUGGAGGAAGAAAUAUUGUGGUGAUUGGCUCCAGGUUUGACUUAAUACAGAGGGCGGUCAUGAAGGUUAAAGUCCACGGGGAUGACAUGACUGAUGAGCUGACAUCUGCUGAGUAUUUCCAGGUGGCGCAUGAGAAGAACGACACAGUCAUUCAGUUCCGGUCUCCGAGAGUAAACCGCCUUCAAGAGGGCCAGCAGUUAAAAGCGUCCAUCCAGCUUGACAAUUGGCAAAAGGAGUUGAAGCCCUUUGAAUACCACCCUGACCCUUGGUUCAAUGAGCUGCCUAAGAAGGUCAUCACUGAGACCAGCAUCAUCAUUGUCACUGGUCGAGGAUUUGCCAAGGCCAUGACGGCCAAAGAGGCACAAGCGUUUGUGGGUGAUGUUCCGUGUCUUGUUAACACACUUCAGGAUGACAAACUGUUCCUGGACCCACCUUCCACACAGCCUCGCGCCCGCUCCAGGCGCCAUCGUAGAGACACCCGCACUGAACUGCUGGACCUGCUGAUCAAGUUUGGGAAUGGGGAGUGGGUGGUGGGUUCGGUGCAGUACGAGAGCAAGUACGAGGUGCCACUCUACAUCAUCAUCCCUGCUGUUGUUGUGCCCAUGCUGCUAAUCAUUGCCAUCUCUGUCUACUGCUACAGGCGGAAGAGUCAGCAGGCAGAGAGGGAGUAUGAGAAGGUGAAACAUCAGCUGGAGAAUCUGGAGGAGAGUGUGCGGGAUCGCUGCAAGAAAGAAUUCACAGAUUUAAUGAUUGAGAUGGAAGAUCACUCCAAUGACCUGAGUGAGGGUCGAAUUCCCUUCCUGGACUACAAGAACUACACGGACCGCGUCUUUUUCCUGCCUUCUAAGGAUGGAGCAAAUGAUGUGAUGAUCACAGGCAAACUCGACAUCCCUGAGGCUCGACGGGCUACUGUGACCCAGGCUCUCAACCAGUUCUCCAACCUUCUGAACUCCAAGACCUUUCUCAUUAAUUUUAUUCGCACAUUGGAGCGGAGUCCAGACUUUAACGCCAGGGCCAAGGUGUACUUCGCCUCCCUGCUGACGGUGGCUCUCCACGGUAAACUGGAAUACUACACAGACAUCAUGAGGACACUGCUGCUGGAGCUGAUGGAGGAAUAUGUCCACAGCAAGAACCCCAAGCUCAUGCUGCGGAGGUCUGAAACUGUGGUGGAAAGGAUGCUGUGUAAUUGGAUGUCCAUCUGUCUUUAUCAGUUUUUGAAGGACUCUGCAGGCGAGCCCUUGUACAAACUGUUCCGAGCCAUCAAGCACCAGAUAGAGAAAGGACCCGUGGACGCCAAAGUGAAGAAAGCCAAAUACACCCUAAACGAUACAGGCCUGUUGGGCGAUGAUGUGGAGUACUCCAUCCUGACGCUGCAAGUGUUGGUCCACGGAGAAGGUCCAGAUGUGACGCCAGUCAAGGUGCUGAACUGUGACACCAUCUCACAGGUGAAAGAGAAGAUCAUCGAGCAGGUGUACCGGAACCUGCCCUACUCCCUCCGGCCCAAGGUUGACAGUGUCACACUGGAGUGGCGCCCAGGAUCAACAGGACAAAUUUUAUCAGACCUGGACUUGACGUCUCAGAAAGAGGGCAGGUGGAGACGGAUGAACACCCUAGCACACUACAACGUGAGAGAUAACGCUACAUUAGUCUUGUCCAGAGUGCUUCACACCCAGCAGAACUUUUACCAGAACCAGGAAAACCAUGAAGAGCGGAAUGCCUUGCUGGAAGAUGACAAGGUGUUUCAUUUAGUGAGGCCGGUUGAAGAGCUGGAUGACAUCAAGUCUAAACGAGGCAGCAUAAAGGACAAGGCGAUGACGAAAGCCAUUACAGAGCUCUAUCUAACACGGCUUCUCUCUGUCAAGGGAACACUGCAGCAGUUUGUGGAUGACUUUUUCCGCAGCGUGCUGUGCUCUGGGGCAGUCGUGCCACCAGCUGUCAAAUAUUUCUUUGACUUCUUGGACGAGCAGGCACUGAAACACAACAACGUGGACGAGGAGACGAUCCAUAUCUGGAAGACGAACAGUCUGCCACUGAGAUUCUGGGUGAACAUCCUUAAGAACCCACACUUUAUCUUUGACGUCCAUGUGACUGAGGUGGUGGAUGCCUCGCUGUCUGUCAUCGCUCAGACUUUCAUGGACGCCUGCACAAAGAGCGAGCACAAACUCAGCCGGGACUCUCCAAGUAACAAACUACUCUAUGCAAAGGAGAUCUCCACUUACAAGAAGAUGGUAGACGAUUAUUACAAGGGCAUCAGGCAGAUGGUGCCAGUCAGCGACCAGGACAUGAACACUCAUCUGGCAGAGGUGUCGCGGUCUCACACAGACAAACUGAACACACAAGUGGCUCUCCAUCAGCUUUACCAGUACGCCAGCAAAUACUACGACGGGAUCAUCGCAUCCCUUGAUGACGACCCAGCUGCACAGAGUAAACAGCUGACCCUGCGGCUCCAGCAGAUAGCAGCAGCCUUGGAAAACAAAGUGACUGAUCUCUAACCCACCAAGUAGUGGGAGGGAAGGGGAUGGUUGCGCACGGCCAGUGACUACAGGGGCUUAGUUCUUCUUUUAGAGAAUGAACUGUGGAAAGGUGUAAAGGGACCCAUAUGGCUGUGUACAUUGUUCCGCUUGGCCCUGGGACAAUGACGCGUCUGCCCUGUGCAGACAGACUAAAGAAAUGCCGAUAUAGUGCAAAAGGAGAGAAAAUGAUGGUUUAAACUGUCAUAGGUACGCCUUAAAGCUCACUUGCCAAACCUGAAAGGUCUGUCUGCUCACUCGUGCUUCGCUAAAUAUUGUUCCAGGAACACGGCGCAGGAGACCUUUCUGAGAAUUAAGCCCCUCUGUGGAGCCACUGGCACAGAGGAUAAUCAGAUGUUCAAUUUCUUUCGGUGUAGAAAAAAGGUUUUAAGAAUUGUAUUAUAUAUUUUUUUUAUUGUGCAGUCUUUAUGCGGAAAGCUUUAUAAGGAAAAAAAACUUUUCCAAUGGAUCACCUUGUGGUGCAGAUAGUGUUUUUAUUAGCCUGUGUGUGUGCGUGUGAAGUGACAAGUGUGCAUUCCUAAACCUGAGUGUGCUUGCAUAGUUUGUGAGUGAAUGUGAGAACAUGUGCACAUAUGGGAUGCCUACUGUGGAGCGUGAGGGUGACGUAGCACCUGCUUUCUGUGGUAUAGCUUGUUUUUUGUUUUUUUGUUUUUUUUUUUGUUUUUUGUUUUUUUUUUUGUAAAUCUCGUGUACCCAGCCAGGCAGUGGAGCCUGCACUCUCACCGAGCUGUUUGAGAGAGACCAAAGGGUCCUGACGAGGACACUGGGUAAUCUAGCAAUCUGCAGGCUCAUAUGAAUGACAGGUUACUUGUUGGUUUCAGUUUUCUGUUUGAUGCAUUUGCUUCAAGCUGGAUUGACAGUUGUGCUAGCAGAAGUCAAUAAUAGCGCGGCGUAUCCCUUUAUUGUACAGUGUGCCAUGAUACAUUCCACUAUUGACGAAAGCACAAAAAGGACAUUUCACAGCUUUUCUAAGAUUUCACUUAAUAUCUGAUGUCAAACCCCCUUUUUUUCCUUUGCUAUGAAAGCCUACUUACUGGGAGCCAUGUCACUCAUUUUAGCCCUGCAAUAAUGUCAGUGUACUAUGAGCCACAAUGACAAGACAUUAGCUCACUAAAUAUGUUCACUUAAAGUAGCAAUUCAGCAAUACAUUAAGAGAAUUCUCCAACUUCUUGGAUCAUGUACUUGUAAUGUUAUAUUUAGUGCCAUUUGUUUAGUAUUACUCUUGUGAUUUUUCCAAAUAAUGAUUAAGCAUUCUGCCUCUAAAGCUAUGAAAUAGCCUGUUGCUGAUGAUGGUAAUCUGCCGCAGAUGCAGUUGGUACUAAAUGGAAUGUUGUGAACAAAUAUCAGUGAAUUUCUUUUUAUGAUGUUGCGUAUAGUCAGACGCUGAUCGUGUAUAUAAUCAUUAUAGUAAUUGGAGUAUUGAUGUCUGUCAGAUUCAACAGUGUGAAAGUUUUUUUUUCUUGGACCAUUCUGUCACUACGUUUCAUCUCUAAAUUGUAGGUCUUACUGUUGACACCUGAUUUAAUUGUUCUCUGUGUAUCUGAUUGUGUAUGUGUGUAGUGACAGAGCCGCAUGAGCUCCACAGACCCCAGAAUGUUAAUGGUUCCUGCCUUGGCUAGAGAGAGGUUUGCAGACCUCGCACCUGCCUGCCUGCUGUCUCAGCAGGGCGCCCUGGCAUCGCGACCAACAGCACUUGGUGCUGCCCACUCCAUGCAGUGCAGAGCGGCACUCUGUAUAAUGGAAUCCACAGGGGAGGCUUUUGAUCUUAAUUGCAUGCUGACUCCAGACUCCAUCCUUGUCACCGCUGUUGUUUACUGCUGAUUUCUCUCAGAGUUGAUGCAAGACGCUUCUUUCAGAGCCUUUCUUUAACCAAAACGUGCCUUAUUGAAUAGGAUGAUACAUAUAUUGUUUCUAAAUUAUUCUAUUGGUAACCUAGGUGAUUAUAAUAAUGAUAGUAGUAUAGACAGAGCAAUGUAUUUGGACUUGUGAUAAGUGUGUUGUCAAAAAUGCUAGCUGACCUGCCGCCACCCCUCGCGUGCCAAUAGGCUGAAGAUGUUUUCAGUAUGGUUUGCUUUAUGGUUGCAUUUUUGACAUGUGCAUUUCCUUUGGGUGUCUGUGGUGUGUGCUUCAUAGGAGUUUGGUGGAUAAGGCAGGAAAAAAAAUCCAAAAUGAGUACAUGUAAAAGUGGCCAAUGUGAUUUGGGUUUCCCAUUAAAAUGUCUGACAUUCUUCAAUUAGUCUAAAGACAAAAGCAUUAUCUUACGUAGGUUGAAUAUAGCGCAAAACUGUUUCAACUGUGUUCACUUUUUGCCCUGUGUUUCUAAGCUAUUCCAGUGUGUACGAUAAAUGACUAUCUAUACUCGACAAAUUACCUUUCUUACUGCUGUGCAGUUAUUUGUUUCAUAUAACAUACAGUUAUUUGUAGAACAUGUUGAAAUAUUGUAUUCUAAAUGUAUAAUCCUAUGCAUUAAGUCCUGAUACAAAAAGUAUAAAAAAUACCUGUUUGUGCAAUUGUCGAGACAGUUUUUUUUCACACUUUGAAACUUGUGAAUGUGCUGUAAUGGUAAAACAGACGGGGAUGCUCCAAUUUCAAUACAGGACCCCCAACAGAAGCCAACGUUACCCAUCCGAGGCAGCUCAGAAGAAUCCAUCUGGCACCCAAUCCGGUUGUACUGGAUGAACUUAAUUUUCCAAACAUUAUAUGUGGACGGAGCAAUUAUUUGCUGGUUUCAUCAAAUUCUCCUCCGUAAAUAACAAUAAACUGAUAUAUAAGCCCU